AUGGGAGCCACGGAUUAUAUGGACAAAGACGGGGCGCUGUGGCCCAAAUGCGGAGGAGAUGUGCCAUCGGAAUUGCGUGCCACCGACCCAUCCCAACGCCCAAAAAUCCGCAUCACAAUAGAGGCGUUUAGCCAGGGCCCGGCGUCAAAAUACGGCAAUAAGCUAGUGACAAAGAGUGUGAAACGGGUUUUGGAUUAUUAUGAAGCAAAGGGAUUAGCAGAGCUAAGGCCCUAUCCAUUAAUGCCUUAUACUGAUAAGAUUGAUCCAAAUAAUUCCACGUACCAUAUGGGGGAGCACCUUGUCGAGAGACACUGCGCUUUUUGGUCAAAAACUAAAUAUUCCUCAAACAAUGAUAUUGAUGACUUUUUCUUUCAUAGAAACCGUUCGAUCUCAUUAUACGACUGGAUGGAAAGUAUCGUCCAAAAUAAGACAAAAAUAGGCUCAUUCGCGAUUAAACAUUAUGGAUUACAAUGGAACCCUCCACUACUUCCAAGGCCAUUUGUCUAUGAAGAUUUCCUAAAAUUAAAGGGAUUACAAAAUCCAAUGGUAUUUAAAAACGAGCGCGCCAACAAGGCUUUAUUCCUGACAGAAUACGCUAGGCAGCCGUUCACACAUUGGGUCGACAAAUUCUUCAAGGGGAAACGUUUUUAUGGGGCAAAAUCCCAUGAGAUCGUGUAUCUUCAUGCGAGGAAUAGUUUUGAGGGGAUGGAGAUAAAUCAUAAGCAAACCGAGCAAACGAUGAAAAUGUCUUCCGAGGUGAAUUUGCUUGGGCCGGAUCCUGAAGCUACUUUGGAGCGGAUAAGGAAUGUGACGGCCGAGAUAUUCGGAUCAAAUCCACCCCCAUACACACAUCAUACUACACAAGUUUUAGGAAAAUGCCUGCACAAUUGGCUAAAGGACCAAGCCGGCUGCCGUAAGCCCGUCACCGGAUGUUUCAAUGUGGCCAAAUAUCUCGACGACUGGGUGUUUGCCGAACCGACACCAGAACACCGAUGGACGACGAUU